AUGAAUUUGACAAUCUUCGUUGGUCUGAUCGUGUUCUUUUGCGUGCAAGGUUGGUUGAUUUUGUGAAAGUUCAGUAAUCUCGUCAGGAUAUAAUUUGAGCUUUACUAGACAAUCUAUGUGUAUCUCUCAUCUUUUGAAAAGUUUUCAUAGUUAGUGUUCAUUACAUUACCGAGUGAGUUAGCGAGUCGGUGUGAAAUAGUGCUCCAUUACUUUUGAUUGUGCUUUUAGGCGAACGUGAGAGAAUUUGGUGAGAUUGUGUUAGUUUGAAUAUCAUCGGAACCUGUUUCACUUUCUUAAAGACACGUAACAUAACAACCGUAGAUCAAACAUUUGUUAAACUGACGACCUUUGUGCUAAUGGCAGUAGUGUUUAGUCAUGACAAUACGGAUGAUUCUAGUCAACACAGUCAUCAAAUAAUGAUUUCAUUCAUAUUUUCAUUAAAGUAUGUUUUUCGCUCACUACUGUGAGUCCAUAAUAACUGAACACAACAACAUCACUACAAUAGAUCAAACAUUUGUACUUUUGCACUAAUUUUCAAGAUGACGUUCAGUACACAGCCAUCAAAAUUACAUUACAGUAUGCUUUUCGCUCACUAUGGAAGGUCUCUUUCGGAAAAUAAAAACUCCCGAAGACGUUCACGCAGAUCCAGUUGGUCCCGAACCUUCAUUCGUUCGUCCGAUUAGUACAGUAGCUGGCAGACCUGUCAGUUCAUCUUACCAUCUUUUUAAAAUGUGAAAGUGAGUUGCAGGUGAUCCCGAGACGUUGGACCUACGAGAAGAAAUCGGAUCCGAGUUCGUUCGAGAAUCUGGCCCCCAAUCCGAUUCAUUCUCAACACAGACUCAUGAAUAUUAACCGGUUGAGAGGAAGGCUUAAUUGA